CUGCAGAUCACUGACAACCCCCCCUUUGCAAUCCAAUGUGAAACUGCCACUGGGACACAGGGCAUGGAGGACCUACUCUGACUUCACGUGGUGGACCCAAUGCGUGGAUCUAAAUGCCAAGGCAGAGAGACUUAGGAUCCCGUUUGGAGAUUGUGGAGUGAAGGAGCUGUGUAGGGAGCAGCGAGCUGUGGUAGGAUUUGAGCGUGGUGGGCCUUUCGUUAUACUGGAGCGGAUCCAGUGCCAAGAGCGAAGUGCUGGCUAGUGUGAUUUGAGACGUUUGGCAAUAUGGGUAGCAAAGCCCUUCCAGCCCCAAUUCCAUUGCAUCCAUCCUUGCAGCUGACAAACUACUCAUUUCUGCAGGCCGUCAACACUUUCCCAGCAGCUGUGGACCAUCUGCAAGGACUCUACGGACUCAGCGCUGUACAGACAAUGCACAUGAAUCAUUGGACUUUGGGCUACCCUAAUGUGCAUGGCAUCACCAGGUCCACCAUCACCGAGAUGGCUGCUCAAGGCCUGAUAGACGCCAGAUUUUCUUUCCCUGCCUUACCCUUUGCCACUCAUCUUUUUCACCCCAAACAAGGAACCAUUGCUCAUGUCAUCCCAGCCUUGCACAAAGACAGGCCUAGAUUUGACUUUGCCAAUUUGGCCAUUGCUGCAACCCAGGAGGACCCACCUAAAAUAGGUGACCUGGCCAAGCUCAGCCCAGGUCUUGGGAGCCCCAUAUCGGAGAUCAGCAAAUUGUCCCCAGACAGGAAACCUUCCCGAGGGAGGUUACCGUCCAAAACCAAAAAAGAGUUUAUCUGCAAGUUUUGUGGAAGACACUUCACUAAGUCCUACAACUUGCUAAUCCACGAGAGGACCCAUACAGAUGAAAGGCCUUACACAUGUGAUAUCUGCCACAAAGCCUUCAGGAGACAGGACCACCUGAGAGACCACAGAUAUAUCCAUUCCAAAGAAAAACCCUUCAAGUGUCAAGAAUGUGGGAAGGGGUUCUGUCAAUCAAGGACUCUGGCAGUACAUAAAACCUUACACAUGCAGGAAUCACCCCACAAAUGCCCCACAUGUGGAAGGACAUUUAAUCAAAGAAGUAACCUGAAAACUCACCUUCUUACCCAUACAGACAUCAAGCCCUACAAUUGUGAGCAGUGCGGCAAAGUAUUCAGGAGAAACUGCGACCUGCGAAGGCACAGUCUGACACACAGCCCAAGGCAGGACUACUAGAGCCGGACACAAGGCCCCGCCCACCUGAUAGACUCGGACACAGCCCUGCCCACCUACUUGACCAGGCACAGAGCUCUGCCC